GAAAGGUCAAAUGUGCGAGUCACAUGGUUUAAACCAGGAAAUACAGAAGUGAAAUCUUUCCAAGUCCGUUGUACGUGCAGCCGAAACAAGUUUUUGACCACAAAUAGAUGAUUUAACGGUCAUGACGGGCCAAGCAGAACAUGUGGAAGUUGAGGACUGUCAAAAUGGAAUAUCGAUCGACCUCUUUUUGCAUCUUACACUUAUCCCAGCUGUGCUGAUUACCAUUGUGCUGUCAUUCUUUCAGAGGAGAGCAAAAGCUUUAGCCAUCGACCACAAACUUCCUUUCUUGCAAGGGCGUUUUGGCAUUGUGGUGCCUCUGGACACCAUAAGCAGCUUGAGCAAUCGUUGGUCUUAUGGGUUCGCCUUUGGCGCCGUGUCCUACAGCGUCCUGCUGCUCUUCUCGGAACGUUACAUUCCUUUUACUGUCCCGCCCUGGGCCAGAGCUGUAGUUUACCUGGUUGGAGCGUUGGAGGUGGGCCUGGUCAACUUCCCGUUCUUUGCCUGUCUGUCAACACCCUUCAGAACAACUGGAGCCAUGCUGGGAAUUAUCUACACGUUGUGUUGGCUUAUCAUUACCGUGUGGGACACAUUCACAUGUCCUGGUGGAAAGAUUUUGGGAAAAUAUCAGAAGAUAAUUGUCCAGUGGCCUUGUAUCCUUUCACUCGUUUUUCUUUUGGGAAGAUUUGUCUCCAUGGGGGUCAAAGAUGUUCGGAUACAUCUACAGCUGGAACAAGAGGACCCAGAUGAGCUCACUGAGCAACACCAGGUGCAGCAUGUUAAGAGACUACUGAGGAAAACAAGUGCACACAGCAAACCACUGAGCUUGUUCCAGAGCAAAGUGUACAAGUGGGAUCCCUUCUUUAAGUUCCCUAACAGAAUCAUUGGCACUGCCAUCAUAUCGCUUGUUGGCCUGUACACGAUGACACUGGCUGACUACAGUCUGAGUAGCAUGGCGUUUGGCCAAGUGGACAGGUGGAAGAACACUCUGAAACACAUGGUGACCUCCUGUAAUCAGACAGAAGCGUUGGGAGCCAUGAUACCACAACUGGAAGAGUUCAUCAACGUGGCCAGGAAGACUUGGUUAGCAACCACCAUCUUCGCUAGUCUCAAUUCAGUCGCCUACACGUUCCAUGUACUGGUAUGUUACAGGAAACACUUAAAGAGACUUUGGAGAGGAGAGAAAGGCUUUCUCCCUGAGAAGUUUCACAACCCCCGCUCUGCUGCCAGUGUGGCCUCCAUUGCACGGUACUCUGGAUGGCAAAUUGCUUUUACACUCUGGGGUUAUCUGAUGGUCCACUUUGUUCACUUCCUGGUUGCAUUGCUGUUGGUGUAUGUGAUUGUUAUUCCCAUCCAACACGGGAAAGCUCUGACCAUGCUGUCCAACUUGGGCAUCCUAAUUCUGACCAUCAGUCUGGUGAUUGCCAUGGUGAUUCUUCAGAUAGUCCUCGUCCAGAUUUUUUUCCUUCAGGACAAAUUGUCUCCGACUGAUAAACACAAACCGCUGGCUCUCAACAAUAGGAAAGCAUUCCACUGCUUCAACUACUUCUUCUUUUUCUACAACGUGAUCAUGGGCAUCAGCAACUGCAUCAUGAGGCUGCUGAUCAGCAUUGUGCUGGGAACAUGGCUAGUGUCGCGCAUUGACCGAACAAUUAUGCAGAGAGGAUACGAAACAAUGGAUGCAGGAUAUAGUACUUGGAUUGGGAUGAUCUUUGCUGACCACUACCAUAACAAUCCAGUUAUGGUGUGUUUCUGCCAAGUGCUCGUCUCCACCGCUGUGGAGAAGCACACAGUGUCUGCAUACAGUGCAUUUAACAACACGCCAUCUGAAUGUCUUGUGAACAGUCGGGCCAGGAGACAUUGGGCCUUGCUUUACACCCUUCUGAGGAACCCCCAUCUCAUCCUGCACAGAAAGCAUCACCUCUCUUCAUUGGUGACUUCACACGUGUCUUCAUCUCCCCAGUCGGACACGGUAGCGAGGGCUUGGGUCAUGGCAUCCCAAUCACAGAGCCAACAGGCACUGUCAGUGCACUUAUCAGCGAACACAGUGACACAAACUCCAGACUAAAAUGAC